UGUUGAGAGUAUAAGCAUUCAUCAAAUACCCGCGCUGCGUUGUUUAAAUCGUGUUAUUUCUCAUUUUCGUUCACGGAAGUGCGACCGUAAAAACUCUAAUUGUAAGCGACAAUGCCUCUCGGUUAUGAUGCUUACUUCCAUGAUUUUGCCUCAGGAAGGAGGAAGAAUUUCAAGAUAGGAGAGAAAUACGAGAAGGACCCUGAGCACAUGAAAUGGUUCGCAGGGACAUACCCGGUGAAGCCCAACUGGCCGAGUGUGAUCUCGACAGCGAAGACUGGUGAGAGGAUUUAUAUGGCCAGACUCAAGCACGAGGGCCAACUGCUGCCUGGCUACAUGAGAAACGGCUGGGCCUGCUUUGCCUACAAAGGAGAAGUGAUCAAGACCUGCGAAAAACACCAACUGCUCUACGAUGGCCACGUAAAGUGGUACCUGCCCCAUCGCGUGGACGAGAACCACGUCGUCGUUAUUGGACACGACGAAGACAAAAAUCCACUCUUCCUCGGCAGAUUCUUUGUCAAUGGAACCGAGCUCUUCGGAGAGGUUCGCCAAGGAGUGUGCACCAUUGUUGGAGACCCAAUCAAGAAGAUAAUACUGUCCGAGUCGGAACGCUACGCAAUUCUCGGCUGGUCAAGAGAAACAGUAGAACCGGAUGUGGAAUAAGCAGCCACUGUUUCAUUGUUAUUUUCUGUUGUCAGUAGUUGAUUAAAACAGGCGAG